GGCUGCGCCCAUGUUAUUGCAAAAAUAGGAGACUUCCAAAAAGUAACAUUCAGUUACAAUACACUGAUAUUAUUUAACUGUAAAGGACUGCACUGUUAUCCGACGAACAUAAUGGGUGGUGCACGGUUAUGCACAAUGUGUAUUCUCCCUAUAAAUAAGAAAAGUUACCGUAAUAUUCGUAAAAAGAAAGAUUCUGAGCUCUCCACUGUUAUGUCAACAAUAGGGGUUGGAGAGUCAGAUAUUGACAUUGUAUGUGUUCGUUGUUUCUGGCUUGUAGAAAAAUUGAAAAAUUUUGAUAAAGAAAUAGUACAAAAAAUCAGCAAAUGUAUAAUCCAAAAAGAUUCGUUGGUACGGUCAUUGCGAGAUCUGCCGGGAGUUAAGUCAGCUUUACGCCAUUAUGCAUUGAAAUCGGCUGUUGAACCUUGCGCAGUUCCGAUUGAAGAGCCAAGUUCACCUAAGCAGAUACAAAAUGUGAAAACGGAUAUUGCAAAUCAGGCAUGUGUUCAAUCAAGUGAUGACAAUGCAGAGAGCAUUCAGGGAACCUACUCUCUCACUGUGCAUGUGACCUUGGAACAGGAGAUGGCAAUACAAGAAAUGUUCAAAUACCGAGGCUGGACAUUCAUUACAUGUAAUGAUGUCCACAAUACAGUAGUCGUGAAAUCGGAAGCUGAGACAGAAAAUUAUGCUGGAACAUCAUCAAGUGCAAGUCUGCCUGUUGCAGACAAAUCUCUUGUCUUUCCAAAAAUGGCACAAGAAAAUUCAUCAAGCAACACAGCGGACAGAAUGAACAGUGGUUGUGAAGGUUUUGAUAACACAGUGGUCGUGAAAUCCGAAGGUGAGACAGAAAAUUACGCUGGAACAUCAUCAAGUGCAAGUCUGCGUGCUGCGAACAGUUCACUUGACACUCCAGAAAUAGCGCUAGAAAAGACAUCAAGCAAUACAUCGGACAGAAUGAACAGUGGUUGUGGAGGUUUUGCCAACAUGGUGGUUGUGAAAACAGAAAUCAAGACAGAAAUUGACUCGUGGCCAUCAAGUCCAAAUCAAGAUCAGGCAAAUAUAACGACGGAAAACUCCGCAGAUGUAUCAAAUAUAGACAUGAAAAAUAUCACUGGUAUAACAAAUAUAGAAGAUAAGGAUAUCAUUCCAUUUUCGUUCACUGUCAGUCCAGAGGCCAUUCAGAACAAUGAUGUAAAGUCAGACAGGAUGACUCCAGAUACAUGCUUGGACUCAGCAGCCAAUUGUAUGUUAUUAAUGGCACAGCAAAAGAAAAAUAUGGCGUUGCAACAGGCCAAGACAGUUUCACAAGCCCAGACAUUGUAUCAAGCCCAGACAUUUUUGGAAGCCCAGACUUUCUCGAAAGCCCAGACAUUUUCGGAAGCCCUAACUUUCUCGAAAGAAAAUCUGUGUCAAAUUUCGAAUCAAAAUGGUGAACAAUUCAAGACUGAAGAAACUUCUAGUUUCACGGAGUCUGAAAAAGGUUUUCCUACAAAAGACUCAAUUUCUUUGAAAACAAAUAAACGAAGGGAACAUGAAGGCGGUGUAUCGGUUGUUCAAGAAAAACGUCCCAAAAAUAGCAACUGAUUUAUUUAAGUGUUAUAGUUAAUUUUGUUAUUGUGUUGUAAUUGCAAUAAAAGUUUGUGCAAUAUUACGACGAUUAUGAAAUUCCCAUAUAAAUCGACAUAAGAGAAAUAAAGUUUUAAACCAA